CUCUGUCUGGCGGGGUGUGUGUAUCUCCCGCAGCCUGGCUGGCUGUAGCUCCGUCUCUCCGUGCGUGUCCGUGUGUCCGGCCGGCUCUCCCUGCCCUACCCCGGCGGAGGGCAAGCAGGGAACUGAGCCGCUGCUCGGCGCUCUGCCCGGGGGACCCUGGGCUGGGAGGGAGGGAAGCUGCCCUUGGCACAGGGCUGAGCCUGUCCCGCGGAGCUGGACCAGCAGCUGCCCCGGCCCCGCGCUGUGUGGGCUGCUCCGUGGCCGGGAGCGCGGGGUUCUCUGCACUUGCGGGUCCGCUCCGGGAGGGUCGCCCCUGGCGCGGGGUGUCCGCUGAGCCGGGCCUCCCCGGGAGGGGCUGCCCCGCUGGGGCCGGGCGCGCAUCGCUCUGUCCGCUCCCCCCCCUUGGCAGAGCGGCUCUAAUGAGGUUCCCAAGUGCCCCCCUGCGGCCGAGAGCCUGUGCGCCCCUCGGAAACCCGCUUUGAUUUCCGCCGGGCUGCACCUAGCACCCGGCUGCUAAUUCCCCUGCCCUUCUUGCAGGGAAAUCCUCGGGAAUUGCCCCGCAGCCCCGGCACCAGAGCGCGCUUCACGUGGGGGCCCAGCUGCUGGCUACCCGGCGGAUGGGUGAGAGCCAGGGGGGAGCCCGCUCGGGCUCCAGCCUGGGCCGAGAGAAGAGACCUGUUGCGGGCUGGUCUCCUGCACGCUCGGCCAGACUGGGCUGAGGCUGAGCGCUCAGGCUGAUGGGGAGAGAGAGCAUUUUAAUUCUCGCAGCCUAGGUAGGAUGGACCUGCCCCCCUGCCUCUGCCCUCAUGGCCAAUAAGAAGAGACCCGGCUUGACACCUGCCUAUAUACAGAGGACGAGAGCAAAAGCUUCAGCACUGAUCUGUGCAAGGGGGGGUGGGGGGAGGAAAAAAAGAAAAAAAAAAGGGGGGGGGAAGCCCAGGUCAGAUAAGGGGGAACGUUUGUACUAUAAAACCCCCAAAGACUAUGACUUCCAGUAAAAUUGAGAUGCCAGGAGAGGUGAAGGCAGACCCUGCAGCUCUGAUGGCAUCUCUGCAUCUGCUGCCUUCUCCCACUCUCAACCUUGAAAUCAAAUACACCAAGAUUUUCAUAAAUAAUGAGUGGCAAAAUUCUGAGAGUGGGAACAUAUUCCCAGUAUAUAAUCCAUCGACAGGAGAGCAAAUCUGUGAGAUCCAGGAAGCUGACAAGGUUGAUACGGACAAAGCAGUGAGGGCAGCUCGCCUUGCUUUCUCUCUAGGCUCAGUGUGGAGGAGAAUGGAUGCAUCAGAAAGAGGCCGUCUCUUGGAUAAACUAGCGGACUUGGUUGAAAGAGACAGGGCAAUUCUUGCUACCAUGGAAUCGCUGAAUAGUGGCAAACCCUUUCUGCAGGCUUUCUAUGUAGAUCUUCAGGGAGUCAUCAAAACUCUGAGGUAUUAUGCAGGUUGGGCAGACAAGAUUCAUGGAAUGACCAUUCCUGUGGAUGGAGAUUAUUUUACGUUUACAAGACAUGAACCCAUCGGAGUGUGUGGACAGAUCAUCCCUUGGAACUUCCCCCUGCUGAUGUUUGCAUGGAAGAUUGCCCCAGCUCUGUGCUGUGGCAAUACAGUAGUUAUUAAACCAGCAGAGCAAACACCACUCAGCGCGCUUUAUAUGGGAGCCCUCGUCAAGGAGGCUGGCUUUCCGCCGGGAGUAGUCAAUAUUUUGCCAGGAUUUGGUCCAACUGCAGGCGCAGCAAUAGCUUCUCAUGUUGGCAUAGAUAAAAUUGCUUUUACUGGAUCUACUGAGGUUGGGAAGCUGAUCCAAGAAGCAGCUGGAAGGAGUAAUUUGAAGAGAAUAACUCUGGAGCUGGGAGGGAAGAGCCCCAACAUCAUUUUUGCAGAUGCUGAUUUGGACUAUGCUGUGGAACAAGCUCACCAGGGGGUCUUCUUCAAUCAAGGACAAUGUUGCACUGCAGGCUCGCGGAUUUACGUGGAAGAGUCGAUCUACGAGGAGUUUGUUAGAAGAAGUGUCGAACGUGCCAAGAGGAGAGUAGUGGGGAGUCCUUUUGACCCAACUACGGAACAAGGUCCCCAGAUUGAUAAGAAACAGUAUAACAAGAUCCUGGAACUUAUCCAAAGUGGCAUUACAGAAGGCGCAAAACUCGAAUGUGGAGGUAAAGGACUAGGAAGAAAGGGUUUCUUCAUUGAACCUACAGUGUUUUCCAAUGUAACAGAUGACAUGCGGAUUGCCAAGGAAGAGAUCUUUGGGCCUGUUCAAGAAAUACUGAGAUUUAAAACCAUGGAUGAAGUUAUAGAGAGAGCCAACAAUUCAGAUUUUGGACUGGUAGCUGCUGUCUUUACAAAUGACAUAAACAAGGCCCUGACAGUCUCAUCAGCAAUGCAAGCUGGGACAGUCUGGAUAAAUUGUUACAAUGCCUUAAAUGCCCAGAGUCCUUUUGGAGGGUUCAAAAUGUCUGGCAAUGGGAGAGAAAUGGGCGAAUGUGGAUUGAGAGAAUAUUCUGAAGUUAAAACUGUGACAAUAAAGAUUCCUCAAAAGAAUUCCUAAGAAGAUGAAGGAGCAUGUUGUGCAGAACAACAUGUGAUGCCACCCUCAAUAUUCCUUAUGGGACCAGCACUCAGGAAUAAAAAGUGUUGUUACGCAGUAUAUAUUUAAGAUAUUAAGUUACAACAUAUGUACCAGGCACAUAAUUGCAUACAAAAUGCAAACCGACUCUGCAUUAUUUCAUAGCGCUCCACUGGGAACUCCCCCCCCCACCCUUAUUUUUAAACCAAAUCAGGCAGCAAGAGUUAAAAUUGCAAUUGGAUACUAUUUAAUAACUGGUUUCAGAGUAACAGCCGUGUUAGUCUGUAUUCGCAAAAAGAAAAGGAGUACUUGUGGCACCUUAGAGACUAACCAAUUUAUUUGAGCAUAAGCUUUCGUGAGCUACAGCUCACUUCACAUCAGAUGCAUCCGAUGAAGUGAGCUGUAGCUCACGAAAGCUUAUGCUCAAAUAAAUUGGUUAGUCUCUAAGGUGCCACAAGUACUCCUGUUCUUUUUAUUUAAUAACUGUACCACUAUACAUCUGUUAGUUACACACACAACAAUCCUUUGCACACAUAUG